AUGUCAAACCCUCGAGACAAUAAUGCCCCCGAAACGAUCACGUCGGCUCCUCUCGCUCCCGAUGUUGAAACGAGGUCGACAGUACCGCCCGUUGGAACUGAAGCGGCUGCAAUAGUAAAGAGAAUGAAGAGAGAAGACAUAUUGAAGAAAUUGUCUCUAAGCUUGAGAUGGUCGAGCUUUGUAUUCUCGUUGAUUGCUUUUGUUGUCAUGGUCUCCAAUCGACAUGGAGAGGAGAUUAAUUUUGAAGAUUAUGAAGAAUACAGUUAUGUGUUGGCAAUUGCAAUAAUCUCAAGUGUAUAUACGGCCUACCAAGGAAUUCGAGAAGUUAUCCAAUUUGUUACUCGAAAAUAUACAUCUCCUCACCUAGCUUUUGCCAUCAUUGACUUUGUUGCAGAUCAGGUUUUGGCAUAUUUAUUGAUAUCAGCAGCAUCAGCAGCAGUUCCAUUGACAAACAGAGCAAGAAAAGUUUACGAAGGAUACUCAAAUGUAAUGACGUUUUUAGAUAUGGCAGCUGCUUCCAUUAGCAUGACUUUCUUGGCGUUCUUUACAUUAGCACUCUCUCUUCUCAUUUCUGGAUACAAACUCUCUGCUCAUUUUUUCCGUUAA